UGGCCAUAUCCGGGCAAAUUGUAACAAAAAUUACUACCCCACGCAUAACAAAAUUGGAUCUCACUUGUACAAGACCUACUGCUGCUGGUUGGCAGAUUCCGACCAAAUAACAAAAAUUAUGGUAUCUUAACACUUUUCACCUGCAUUCGAAUAAAAAAUGGCACAAUUCUGGAAGCCGGGAACCGAGCGACCCCGUCUAGUUGACGACGAAGACGGCGGUGUCCUCCUCUACUCGUCCUCAUCUUCAUUCUCAUCCGGAUUCGGAUAUGGGAAUAUAGAGAAGCAGAGACAAAGGCUUCCGGUGUACAAGUACAGAACUGCCAUUCUCUAUUUGGUGGAGACACAUUCCACCACUAUCAUUGUGGGUGAGACAGGAAGCGGAAAAACAACUCAGAUUCCUCAGUAUCUUAAUGAAGCUGGGUGGGCAGAGGGAGGGCGCCUAAUUGCUUGUACCCAACCUCGGAGAUUGGCCGUGCAGGCAGUUGCAUCUAGGGUUGCUGAAGAGAUGGGAGUAAAACUGGGUGAGGAAGUAGGAUACACAAUCCGAUUUGAAGAUGUUACUAAUACAGACUUGACAAGAAUUAAAUUCUUAACUGAUGGAGUAUUGCUGAGAGAAAUGAUGGAUGAUCCUCUACUGAGCAAGUAUAGCGUGGUAAUGGUAGAUGAAGCUCAUGAAAGGUCUAUUUCUACUGAUAUCUUAAUUGGACUUCUGAAAAAGAUUCAACGACGCCGGCAUGAGUUGCGUCUUAUCAUUGCUUCAGCUACAAUAGAAGCAAGAUCAAUGUCAGAUUAUUUUAAAACCAGAAGGCGUCUAAAAGAUCAGGAGGAGAAAGGACCGAGUAGAAAACCUAUCAUUCUCUCAGUAGAGGGCAGAGGAUAUAAUGUGGAGGUUUUUUAUGCUGACAAUCCUGUUCCUGAUUAUGUCCAAGCUGCUGUUUCAACUGUGUUGUCAAUCCAUGAUCAUGAGCCAAUGGGAGAUAUCUUGUUGUUCCUUACUGGUCAAGAUGAAAUUGAAACUGCAGUUCAGAUGCUUACAGAUGAAACCCAAAGUAAACAGAAACAAGGACUGGUUGUUGUACCACUAUUCUCAGGUCUUUCACGAGCUGAUCAGGAUAUUGUGUUCUCUCCAACUCCCAGAGGAAAAAGGAAAGUGAUAAUAUCAACAAAUAUUGCCGAGACUUCAUUAACGUUGGAGGGUAUUGUUUAUGUAGUUGAUAGUGGGUUUUCAAAACAACGGUUCUACAAUCCGGCGGAUCAACACAACCAAUCAGCAAAUUCCCCUGUUGAACCCAACCUCAAUGUGAUUCAACAGUUAACUUCGAUUGCUUCACGAUUGCAAACUCUUGACGCCUUAGCAGCUGAUGUGGCAGCUCUCAAAUCCCAACGUAGUGACGGCCAGCCUGGAGGGUCGGGCAGAAGCAAGGAGAAAGAAAGUCAAGCAGGAUUCCAUGAGAGAACACGAGUGCCGUGGGGGGAUAUCGCAGAUGAAGAGAUGCAGCCGGGGUGGCCACAAAACUUCACGCGCAGACCCUAUGCGAAGGUGGAUUUUCCAAAAUUUGAUGGUGGCGACCCGCGAGGUUGGAUCCUCAAAGCAGAAAAAUACUUUCGUUAUUAUCAGGUGCCGGACAAUCAAAAAGUCGAAAUCGCUUCCAUGUCUUUGGAGGGUGAAGCUCUUGACGUGUUCGCAUGGAUGAACGGUGAGGAAUCCAUACUAUAUUGGGAAGAAUUGGUGAAAUUAUUGCAAGAAAAUUUUGGGCUAGCAGAAUUCCAGAACCCAGAUGAAUAUUUGUGUAAUAUCAGACAAUCGGGUUCCAUCCAAGAAUACAGGCAAGAGUUUUCACGAAGGGUGUCCAGGGUCCACGAUUGGCCUGAACACUGCCUUCUUGGGGUUUUUAUUAAUGGCCUGAAAGAAGACCUAAAAGCAGAUGUCAGGAUUCAUAAGCCCAGGACUGUCUAUCAGGCCAUGAGUCUCGCACUACAGUUUGAAUCCAAACUCGGCCCAAAUAAAGGUCUAAGCAAACCACCUUACCUCUCAAACAACAGGCCAGGUCAAUCCACACCUCUGACUCAGCAUCGUGACACCAAAGCAGCGACACUUUCGCCACAAGGAGGUUAUACUACAACAGCCGGCCACAGUGCGACAGCUGCCUCGGUAACGGCAAACCGAUCUUGGGAAUCAGAACGACAACUCCGACGCGACAAGGGGCUCUGUUUUCGGUGUAACGAAAAAUUUGGCCCUGGGCAUAGAUGCAAGACUCCUACCUUUUCUCUCUUGGAGCUCACGGACAGCAGGGAGGAGGUGAAACAGGAAGAGGUUGGCAGUGAACUGAGUGGAGAAGAGAACCUGCACGACAUGGCCGAAAUAUCUUUCCAUGCUAUUCUUGGAAAGUCGACAGGCGCCACCAUGAAACUUCGGGGAUCCCUCUUAAACAGGCAAGUCCUAAUCCUCAUUGAUAGUGGUUCUACACAUAAUUUCAUCUCAACAUCACUGGUUGAGGAAUUGGGGAUCAAAGAAGAGGGGGUUUCGACUUUCGGCGUUGAGAUCGAGAAUGGAGAUGUAAUCAGGUGCAAUAAAAUCUGCCGUGAUGUUUCGGUUACCUUACCGGGACUGAAGAUUACGCAAGAUUAUUUCCCUUUCUCACUCGGAGGAGCAGAUGUUGUUUUGGGGAUAAAGUGGUUGGCUUCACUGAAUACUGUGCAGGCCAAUUGGAAGGAGAUGUUUAUGAUUUUCUACCUAAAUGGGAAGAGGUACAAACUGCAAGGGAUUCCCUCUACCAGCAAACAAGAGAUUUCAGACAUUGAAAACUUGAUAGUGGCCCCCAUAUCCAAGGCAUCAGCCCGACAAAGAGCUGGUAGGGCUGGAAGAGUUCGACCUGGAAAAUGCUUCAGGCUUUAUACUGAAGAGUGUUUCAUAAAUGAGAUGCCUUCCCAGGGAAUUCCAGAGAUACAGAGGUCAAACCUGGUUUCAUGUAUUAUUCAGUUAAAGGCCUUGGGGAUUGACAAUAUAUUAGGCUUUGAUUGGCCUGCAUCUCCAUCACCUGAAGCAAUGAUUAGAGCACUCGAAAUAUUGUACUCUCUUGAGGUCCUAGAUGAUGAUGCUAAACUAACUUCACCUACUGGAUUUCAAGUCGCUGAGAUUCCAAUGGACCCAAUGAUCUCAAAAAUGAUUUUGGCUUCAAGUGCUUCUGGAUGCUCUGAGGAAAUAAUUACCAUUUCCGCUGUUCUCUCAGUACAGUCCAUUUGGAUUUCCCUGAGAGGAGUACAAAAGGAAAUGGAUGAAGCUAAGUCAAGAUUUGCUGCAGCUGAGGAUCUGUUAACGAAGCAGACUAUUCAUAAAGGACAUGAGUCGGCUGGUCUUUAUAUUUUGGAUACAUCAAUAACAAAAGGUAUCUCUUGUCUCGGGGUUGGAACUUUGUUAGAAGCUCAUUACCGCUUAGGACACCCAUCUCUCACACUAAUGAAAUAGAUAUAUCCUCAGUUUAAUAAGGUGUCAUCUAUACAAUGUGAGUGGUGUGAAUUUGCAAAACAUCAUUGUACAUACCGAUGUUUGUGGGGCAUGUCAUGUUGUGUCCAAAUUUGGUUUCAAAUAUUUUGUUACAUUUGUUGACGAUUAUUCUCAUAUGACAUGGUUAUAUUUUAUGAAACGUCGAUUAUUUACUCAUUUUCCCACAUUUUGUGCUGAAAUUAAAACUCAAUUUAAUGUGCCUGUUCGUGUGUUAAGGGGAGAUAACGCCCAAGAAUAUCUAUCUGCUCCAUUUAAAAUUUUUACGCUUCAACAUGACAUUAUUCAUCAAAAAACUUCAAGUGUAGACACACCUCCUCAAAAUGGAGUUGCUGAAUGAAAGAAUCGACAUCUGUCUACUUCAUGUUUUUUGAUCAAUCGGAUGCCAAAUUUUGUUUUGGAUGGUAAAGGUCCUUAUCAAUGCCUUUUUCCAAAUAGAGAAAUUUUUCCUAUCCCACCUAAAAUAUUUGGUCUCACUUGUUAUGUGAGAGAUGUUAACCCUCAUCACAUGAAAUUACACCCCAAAUCAUUAAAAUGUAUUUUCUUAGGUUAUUCUCGAGUUCAAAAGGGGUAUUGAUGUUUUUGUCUGAGUGCAGGUUAAUAUCUUAUUUCUAUUGAUGUCUCAUUUCAUGAAAAUACACUUUUUUCAUCAUCCAAGAUAGAUAUUCAUGAGGACAACGAUGAAAUACUCAUUUACAUAGUUACUAUACCUGAGCCCACACUUCCAAUAACUAUAUCGAAUGUUAAUGUUUCUGACCCUAGGCCUUUAGUACAUUUGGUUUACACCCGUCGAGACAAUGCAUUAUAUCACCUUACACCUGUGAUUACUUAUCCUGGCUUCGAUCUCAUGUCCUGAUCGACCCAAUACCUACAUGUUCAGAUCCUUUCUUGACAUCCCGAUAACACUAUGUAAAGGUACGCGGUCUUGUACUCAUCCUGUUUCUUCCUUUAUGUCGUAUAGUCAUCUAUUCCCUGCCUCAUGUUCUUUUAUUGCUUCCAUUGAUUCUAUUUCUAUUCCCAAAUUCAUUAAAGAAACUUUGUCUCAUCCUGAAUGGCGUCUUGCCAUGGUAGAUGAAAUGAAUGCCUUGUAUCUUAAUGAUACUAGGGAUUUGAUAGACUUGCCUACGGGGAAGAAGUCUAUUAGAUGUAAGUGGGUCUUUGCUGUCAAGGUUAAUCCAGACGUUCGAUUGAAAGUCCGAUUAGUUGUGAAGGGUUAUGCUCAAACCUAUGGUGUUGACUUUUCUGUCAAUUUUUCUCCUGUUGCUAAAUUAACAUCUUUCAGGUUACUUAUUUCACUCGCUGCAACUCAUGGUUGGCACUUAGAGCAGUUGGACAUUAAAAAUGCAUUCUUGCAUGGUGACCUUCAGGAGAAAGUUUAUAUUGAGCAACCUCUAAGGGGCUGUUUACUUUCGACUUAAUGGACUUAAUGAAAACUGUGACUUAAUCGGUCAGAUAUAUACUUUUGUUUACUUAGGACUUAUUCUAAAACAUGACUUAUUCGCUCAGACCAUUUUUGACUUAUUAGUUCAGCCCACUUUUAAUACUCCUUACCAUUCAGACAUACAUAUUUAUGUGCAGUCUCCCUUUUAACCCCCUUCAUCGCUAACUUCGGACCUGAGUGUGCGGCUGUAAGCUUCUUAUUUCCCCCUUCUCCAUCUACCUGAGCAUCAACUUGAGCUACGUAUUUCCCUUCUCCAUAUAUCUUCUUCCUGGAUGGUGUUUGGUGCUGAGUUUUUUAUCAAAUGAAUCGAGGGUUAAAAGACCCACAUACAAUUUUGCAAAGAAGAUAAAUCUUUCCGUUUUCUUACCUCUUCCAAAUCAAACCUAUAGCUAUAAUUUUUAGGAUAAAAUCUGAAAUUGAAAUAGAAGAUCUAAAUCUAAUGGAAGCCAACGAAAGCAGGUUAGGUAACUAGAAGAAGCCUUCAUUUGCCCUUGUUUCUCUUGUUAAUUACCCACCCUCAUCUCCCAGUAGUCCUUUCCUUCUCCUUUAGCAAAUGGCUCCAGAAACCCUGAGAAGCAAAUGGCUCCAGAUUAAUGGAGGAGAAGAGCUUCGAGCGACGCCUUUUUCAAUUGGUAUUCCAUUGAUUAACGAAGAAGAGGUUUCAAGCCUAAGGGUAAAUUGGUUAUUUAAUAUAAUUCAGUCUUCUCAUUCAGAACACAAAGUAAACAGUUUGUUAUCUGAAUAUCACUUAAUCCAAACAACAUCUUAAUACAAACAGUUCAUCUCAAUCCAUACAGGAAUUAAUGAAAAAAAAGUAAACAGCCCCUAAGAAUGAAACAGAGUCCUCGUGCAUGAUUUGGGAAAAUUCAGUCAAUCAAUUGAACGGUUUGGAAUGAUAAAAGGUCAAUCAGAUCACUUUGUCUUUUACAGAAGAACGAAAGCAGUUUAUAUCAUGCAGGGUGAUCACGUGACUUUCUUAAAUGUGUACAAAGGAUUCAUCCAGUCAAAACAAUCAUCGAAGUGGUGUCAAAAUAAUUUUAUUAACUAUCAUGCCAUGAAAAAGGUUAUGGAAGUUAGGGAGCAGCUUAGAAGGACUGCACUGCGCUUGGGCGUAAGCUUGAAAUCUUGCGAGGGGGACAUGCUGGUACUAAGGAAGGCGAUUACAAUGGGUUUUUUUGCUAAUGCGUGUCGUUUGGAACCAUUUAGUCACAAUGGCAUGUACAAGACAAUAAGGAGUUCUCAAGAAGUUUAUAUUCAUCCUUCUUCUAUUUUAUUCAGGGUGAAUCCGAAGUGGCUAAUAUACCAAACUCUAGUUUCCACAGAUCGGGAGUACAUGCGAAAUGUGAUAUCAAUAGAUCCAUGUUGGUUGAGAGAGGCUGCUCCACAUUUUUACCAUCUUCAACACCCCAUCUCUUCUGUCCCUCGUUGAUUUAUUCUCUCUUGUCCACCCUCCUUCGAAGUGUAAUGUGACGUAUAUUGCAUGUAUAUGUUCUAUUAGCUGACAUAUUUACUACCUACCUAUACAGUUAUACACUUAUACAUAAUGUAAUAACUAUUUUUAAAAGGACCUUACCCUGGUAGUUUUUGGUGUCGUGCAAGGAUUAGGAUUUCACUUUGG